AUGCCUCAUAGAAUUAUUGACCCAGAACAGUUUGUUAAGAAAGGAGAAGACGAAAAUGGUGUUCUAGAGAACACUGUUAAUAACAUUAACAUGUCUCCAUUAGAGCCAAUUGCUGUUAUUGGAAUGGCGUGUGCUUUCGCAGGCGGAAUCAACUCUCCUGAAUCACUAUGGGAUGUCCUGAAAAGCAGUAUUGAUGUCGGAAAAGAAAUACCAAACGAGCGUUUUGAUAUUGAUUCUUUUACGGCCCAUCUAGCGAACAUAUAUCCGAACGUUAAAAAUGAUUUGGUGCGUCGAGCAUAUCUAUUUGAUAAUGACGUGCUCGACCAGUUUGAUUCCGCAUUUUUCGGUAUCACAGACGGUGAAGCUAUGUGA